AUGUCAUCGCGCCGGGCGCUGCAAUGGGGACCUAGACCGAUAAACGCCGGGCGACUGCGCCGGGUGACUAGGAAUCCCGAUGUGAUCAAUCGACUGGUCUACUGGUGCUUCGAACACCCCGAAGUCCGCCGCACAGUGCUGAAUGCGUGCCAGGGAGGCAAGUUCACGCGUCUUUUCGGAUCCCUGUUCAACGUCGAGACCGCUCACGGGUACGGGCUGGCGCAUGAGCUGUCGCUGCCGGGGCCGUUCACUGGGUUCAUUCCGGUCGACGAUGGCCUGCAGAAGCUGAUGCAUACGCUCUACGAGUCGCCACCGGAACGGAUCGCCGAUUUUGUCCGAUCGCACUUCACUCGUGACCUGUGGCUGCACCGCGACAUCACGGGGUCUCCCAUGCAGCCGUGGCUGCCGUACAACGCACCCAGGGCCGCGCCGAGCAGUCUGUUGGCACUUAGCGGCCGCGAACUCGCCGUGGAGAACGGCGGGGAUGUCCGAAUAAAGACUGACUACACCACCAUCAACGGCUCCAAGGUGCUGCGGUGGAACAUGCGAUGCCACAACGGCGUGAUACAUCUGGUAGACCGCCCAGUGAUUUUGGAAGACUUAUAA